UCGUAAAUCGGGAAUUGAAAUUAUCAAAAUAAAGUUAGAAUGAAUAGAACACGGAAAAUAUUAUUGAGGGCCAAAGCUACUUUGAAGGCUGAUGCUAGUACUUUGGAUUUACUGGAAAUCCCAAAAUAUGAAAGUACGAAAGGACUAGAUCAAAAUGAAAUAACCAUACUUCUUUCCAAUCGCCAUAAGUUAUUUAAAGAAGUUAUAUCAACUGUUGGUGAAGAAGUUACAUCAACUCUUGAUGAUGAAACCGAACCCUAUGAAGACAGCGGCGAAGAAUACAUUCCAGAUUCUGAAGAGACAUCUUCCGACAGCGAUUCUGAAUUUCAAAACUUUAUAAAGUUUCCACCAUGUGUUUUACGAGAUCGCCAGUCUGAUAUGGAGGAACAAAAACAAAAUGCGUUGAAUGGAGGGAAUAGAAAUAAGAAGAAUGUAAUCAACAAAAAUACAGGAAGAGAGACACAUGUAUUAACUAAUUUAGACCAACCAAGUACAUCUACAUAUAUAAAUUGUCCAAUAUCGUUUAAUGAAGUCACAACAACUACUAAUGAAACUGAUACGUACGAAGAUCGUGAUGCUGAAAAUGUUCCAAAUUUUGAAGAUACAUUUUUUGACAAUAAUGAAUUCGAUCAGGCAAAUCAAAAUUUAGACACAGGAGAGGCACCUAAUUCGAGAAAGAAACGUGUAUGGAAUAAAAAAGAUUAUUGCUUUUUUUGCGAUACAGAGGUCAUGAAGUUUUCGCGACAUGUUAUACGACAUCACCAUUCUGAAAUUGAAGUUCAAGAAAUUUUAGCGCUAAAUGUACGAAGCAAAAGAAGAAAAGAUCUCUUUACCAAGCUCAGAAACAAAGGAAAUUUUUUGAAAAGUGCUGUUGGUAAACAUGUGGUACCAGUAAGGAAGCCUACAUUGAAUAGUUUAGAGCAACUCUCUACUACCGCAUACCUUCCAUGUAAGCAUUGCAAAGGGUUUUAUAAGAAAAAAUUUCUUUACAGACAUGUGAAAAAAUGUCCACAUAAUAACGAUGAUAAAACCAUAAGAACCAAUGCCCAAAGUGAGGGUCAAUCUUUGUUUGCUGCUUACAGAGAGAAUGAUAUUUUGCGAAAAGAAGUAUUUCCAACGAUGAGACCAGAUGAGAUAUCAUUUACAGCGAAAACAGAUCCUUUAAUAUGUGCUGUAGCUAGGAGGUAUUUGAAAAGCCAUCGUGACAAACAAUUCCGAUUAGUUGCCUCACGCAAAAUGAGACAACUAGCCUCCUUACUUAUAGAAAUAAAAAAAAAGAUUAAGGUUAAAAGUUUAUUCCAAGCACUAGAUCCAUUAAAUUUCGAUAUUCUUGUUCAGUGCACUAAAAUAAUCUCCCGAUAUGACGCCGAAACGGACUCUUAUGAAUUAAUUGUUAAUGAGUGGCGGUUCGAGGUAUCCACCAUAGCUAACAGUGACUUACAACAAAAAAAGUGGAACAAACCCUCACUUAUUCCAUUAGCCGAAGAUCUUACUUUGUUAAAAGCAUACCUACUUGCUGAAAGCGACAAAUGUAGAAAUACCCUCGCGGAGUAUCCAGAAAAUGAAAAAGCUUUCAAAACUUUAACUGAAUUAACCUAUGUGCAACUGCUUCUCCUAAAUAGAAGAAGGGUUGGCGAAUUACAAAGAAUGACCGUAACUUCUUAUACUGCUAAUAUAAAUAACAAAAGUACAAAUGAAUUCGAUAGCUGUAUCACUGAAAGUGAAAAAGUCCUGAUGAAAUCCUUCAAAAGAGUUGUAAUAAGGGGAAAACGAGGUCGAGGAGUCCCGGUUCUGUUUACGGAAGAAAUGGUCAGAAAUACAGAUUUACUUUUGCAAGUCCGGAAACAUUUUAUGCGACACAAAAAUGAAUAUUUAUUUGCAAAUACAAAAUCCUCUAGUAGUAUCAGUGGAACGAAGGCAAUUUACAAGCAUGUAAGGCUUGCCGGUGUAAAAAAUCCGGCUGCUUUGACGUCGACUAAAUUAAGAAAGCACCUCGCAACGAUGUCUCAAGUAAUUAAUUUAUCUGAACAAGAUUUGGAGCAAUUAGCAAAUUUCAUGGGACACACGUCUGAAAUACACAAAACUUACUAUAGGUUACCUAGCGAUGUGUAUCAAAUGGCCAAAGUGUCAAAAUUACUUCUACUUAAUGAAAAAGGUGAAGCUUCGAAAUAUAAAGGGCAACGCUUAGACGACAUCAACAUCAAUUUAGAUAUAGUAGAAGAGUCAGAUGGCGACAGUGAAGGUGAUGACUUCAAUGAACAAAACAUAAGAGGCGAGAUUGAUAAGAACAACAAGGAACCCACUUCAUCUAAGAAAAAUUCUAUGUAUGUUUCCCAAACGAAAAAGAAACGUACGCUAGAGCCCUGGACGGAUAGUCAAAAAGAAGUGGUAUUAAGCUAUUUCAAAACUCACCUGAAGAAGAAAAUUCCACCCAAGAAAAAUGAAUGUCUCCAUUUAAAAAGUGAACAUCCCGAUUUAUUUUCCAAUAAAUCUUGGGAAAAAAUGAAAAUCUUUGUUGUAAACAAAUAUAACCAAAACAAAUAA